CUAUACGAAAAAUUCAGAAGCCUAUACAGUCUCAAAUGAAGCCUGUUGCGUUUUUAUACAAUCGGUCUGGGAUUCCGCUUAACGUCACGCCCGAAGCUCACACUUUGAUUGCAAACGGGAAGAAACAUAACUAUUGUCACGUACAUCGGCGGAUGUCAUCAAUUAAGCCUGCAUACUGGAGACUACAAAGGGACAGCACACGCAACGGGGGUUGCGAACCGUAGCGGUCUGCAGGGGGAAUCGCAGAAGCUGGAGUUUCUUAGAGCGCUGCAUGGGUUUGGACAAACAUUAGAAGCAAACACAAACGAUUCGUGAGUGCAUCGUACGUGUUGUAAGAGCAAGUGAAGCUGAAAGACAUUGACAGUGAAGUGAUGGCACCCUCUAUUAAUCUCUUCACCUUCCUCGUCCUGUCCCUGGUGGGGGGCAGCUCUUCAUGGGACUUAGCUUCGCCUUGUGGAUCCGGCUCCAUCCUGACAAGGCCCUACACGGCCUUGUGUGAGCUGGAUGCGGUGUGGGGCUUGGUGGUGGUGGUGGCGGCAGCGGCGGCGGCCCUCGCCUCGCUGAUCCUGCUCCUGGUGGUACUGUGUCGCCUGCGGAAGAUCACAGAGGCUGAGGAGCGCAGCGGGGUGGCGCCGCUACUCCUGCUGCUCGCUGCCAUAUUUGGGCUUUGUGGCCUCAGCCUGGGAUACAUCGCUGAGCAGCAAGAGAGCCUCUGCUUCGCCCGGCGUGUCCUGAGGGGGGUGUUGCUUGCUAUCUGCAACACAUGCCUCGUGUUUCAUGGUCUGCGACUGCGCCGGUUGGGACAAGGUGCUCAUAGCCCCAGCACAGGUCAACUAAUGGGGCUGGCGGUGGCCUUGGCCGUGUUGGAUCCGGAGUGGAUCCUUCUAGCCACGAUGUCCACAUGCCAGCCAGCCUGUGAAUACCAGCCGCUGGACUUUGCGCUGGCCACCACUUAUGUGCUGGUCCUGCUCCUGGCAGCACUGGUGGGGGCAGCCUGCAGUCUGUGGAGGCAGCAGCCACGGUGGAGGUGCAGGACCAUGUGGCUGCUCAUCACCUGCCUGGCCUCAGUCCUGCUGUGGGUGGCCUGGAUCACCUUCUGCCUGUAUGGCAACGCGGCGCUUGGCCUGUCCCCAACAUGGGACAACCGGGUACAGGCAGUGGUGCUGCUGGCACAGGCAUGGCUGCUCAUACUGCUGCACGCUGCUCCUGAGCUCCACGCCACCUUACGGCCCCCGUCCCGCAUGAGAGAGGCCAGUUUAGAGGAGGGCCUUUCUCACCUGUAGUUUGGAGCAAACCGGGACUUCGUGUUCAGUGACAACAACUCAGGUGCCCUCCCCAGCCCCCAGGAAACAUUACAUUUUAAAUAAAUAAUAUAUAUAUCAUCA